CCGCAAUAAUGGCGAUUUUUCCCCAGACCAAUCGUACUUGGCAGAUCAUUGAUCAUGCUCGCCAGCAUGGCUACGCCGUUGGAGGAUAUUGCGUGUACAACACGGAUGGCGUCAUGGCCGUCAUUCGGGCAGCAGAAAGAAAGCGAUCACCAGCCAUCAUACAGCUAUUCCCAUGGACCUUGCAUUUCCAAGGACCCCAUUUCGUCCGUUACGUCGCUGCGGCCGCGCAUGCAGCAUCUGUUCCCAUCUCAUUACACCUAGAUCACUGCAUCCAAGCUUCGGACAUUGAACUCGCCCUCGGCUUACCUUUCGAUUCCAUCAUGAUCGACGGACCUGGCUCAAGCGGCGACCUCGAGGAAAGUAUAAAAUCAUGUGGUCACAUUGUGCAGAGAGGAAAGGAAGCUGGGAUUCUGAUCGAGGCGGAACUGGGAAGAGUCGAUGGUGUUGAGGAUGGUGUCGAUGUAAAGCAUGCGGUCGCUGGACGAUUGACUCGGCCUGAAGACGCGAAGGUCUUUGUGCAAGCUACAGGCGUGCAAUUGUUGGCACCGAGCUUUGGAAAUGUGCAUGGUCCGUACGGAGCUGGUGGAGCAGAAAAGGUUUUGCAGUUUGACCGGCUUGAGAGUAUUGCAUCUGCUGUUGGACCGUCUGCUCCUUUGGUCUUACAUGGAACCCAUGAGAUACCGGAUGAGUUGGUCUUGAAAGCCAUAAAGUGUGGUGUCCGGAAAGUGAAUCUGAACAAGUCGGUGCGACAGAAGUAUGGACAAUUUAUGUCGGAUAACGCAGGGAAAAUGGAGUUAACCAAAUCAAAGCAAACGGCUGUUGACCUGUAUGCGCAAGAAGUCGGUGAGCUGAUGGAUUUUCUUGGUUCCACUGGCAGAGCUUCGAAAUGAUGCCCUUUUGUGCU